AUGCAUGGUCAUGGAGGCUAUGACUCUGAUUUUAGUGAUGAUGAACACUGUGGAGAAUCUAGCAAAAGGAAAAAAAGGACCACAGAAGAUGAUUUACUGCUCCAAAAGCCAUUUCAGAAAGAAAAACAUGGAAAGGUGGUCCAUAAACAGGUUGCAGAAGAAUUGCUGGAUAGAGAAGAAGCAAGAAAUAGAAGGUUUCAUCUCAUAGCUAUGGAUGCUUACCAAAGGCAUGCAAAGUUUGUAAAUGACUAUAUUUUGUAUUAUGGUGGCAAAAAAGAAGAUUUCAGGCGAUUGGGGGAAAAUGACAAGACAGACAUGGAUGUUAUACGAGAAAAUCAUAGAUUCCUAUGGAAUGAGGAGGACGAAGUGGACAUGAAUUGGGAGAAAAAACUUGCAAAGAAAUACUAUGAUAAAUUAUUCAAGGAAUACUGCAUAGCAGAUCUCAGUAGAUACAAAGAAAAUAAGUUUGGAUUUAGGUGGAGAGUAGAAAAAGAAGUAAUUUCAGGAAAAGGCCAGUUUUUCUGUGGAAAUAAACAUUGUGAUAAAAAAGACAACUUAAAGAGUUGGGAAGUUAAUUUUGGUUAUAUUGAGCAUGGUGAAAAGAGAAAUGCACUUGUUAAAUUAAGAUUAUGCCAAGAAUGUUCCUUUAAAUUAAAUUUUCAUCACAGGAGAAAAGAAGUUAAGUCCAAAAAAAGGAAGGACAGAAUCAAAAAAGAUUCUGAAGAGUCAUCACAUAAAAAAUCCAGAUUAUCUCCUGCAGAAGGGACCUCUGAGAAAAAGAACAAAGGACAUUCAUCCUCAAAGAAAUCAGAAGAUUCUGUAAACCGAAGCUCUGACGAGGAAGAAAGUACCUCAGAAUCUGAACUUUGGAAGGGCCCCUUACCAGAGACCGAUGAAAAAUCACAGGAAGAAGAAUUUGAUGAGUAUUUUCAAGAUUUAUUUCUGUGA